AAUAAUUCAUCUCUGUAGUAUAGAUAAAGAAAGUUUCUAAAUCAUCUUGUGGGUACAGAAGAAAUUAUAAAAACACAGUUUUAGAAAUAUAGAUGGAAAAGCAGAGAUGAUAGUGGAGUUAUUCAUUGUUGACCAAAUUAUAAAGAUUCAUCUAGUUGUCAUUGUGUUUUCCAGCAUGGCAUUCUCCAAGUUCUUGCUGUCCUUGCUGCUCUGCCAAGUCAUGACUGCCCCACGAACAGCACAAGACGACAGAUCAAAACAAGAUGACCCCAAGAUUCAGAAUCCAUUCUCCUCGGGUGCAGAACAGCUCAGGUUUUUACAAGGAUAUCUGGAGCAUGCAGACCCAUUGGAGAAAAAUGCCUUCAGUUUCAAGAGAGAGAAAGCAAUUCUCCAUCUCUUUCUGCUUCAUGAUUUUGACAAAAGUGGAGAACUUGAUGGCCUGGAGCUCAUGCAACUUUUGAAUGGGACCCUGUCACAAAGAAUGCAAGAACAGCCACCUCCUAUAAAUAUCAUCCGUCUGGUCGAUGAAGUCUUAGAUAAACAAGAUCUAAACAGAGAUGGGCUACUGAGUGCCCCUGAGCUACUGAUGGCCCCAGUGAAUGUCACUGAACCUAUUACUGAGGAAGACCAAUCAACUGAUACAUUUCAUGUUGCCAUCCCCCUACCUCAAGCAGCACAGACGGAGGACAACCCUCAGCAUCUGGAGAUUGCGACUAUAGACAAGGAGAAAGAAGUGGACCACAUACAGAUGACAGUUGUGGAUGGUGAAGCACAUGAUAGUAAUAAUACAGUAAUAAUAGAUGAGCCUGAAGACUCAGACAGGAAGAGCUUUGAUGAACCUGAAGUUGGAGACAUUAAAGAAUUGACUGAGGAGACAAUGCAAGAGAAUGUAGAACUGGAAGAACAUGAAGUGCUGGAGGCAGUGGUGGGAGAUGAGAUGUAGCCAGAAUAUACUGACCCAUUCUGCUGCCUUAUGCAUGUUGGAUUAAUGAAGGAGCAGAUGCAGGAGGACUAACAGCUUCUUUCAUGGUGACAUUGGUGGGUGACUUCAAGUGGCGUCUCUACCUACUAAGGUGGAGAGCACUGCGGCCUGUGACCUGCUUUCCCCUCAGGGCAGGGGGUGAUCAGUUCUUUCGGACAUAAAAACACAAUUCGUUCUUUCUAAUGCUUUCAGUAUCCCGUUCCGGUAGAAUAUGAGAAAACUGCAGUGUGGGGAGCAAAAAGGAAAUAAAUAUGUUACUGCAAAUCAUUAUUUAAUUUAACAAGUGAUUAAGAAGUGAGCUUUGAUUGUUCGGCUGGUCAGUAAUGUCAGUUCCACACAUUAAAUAGAAAACAGAUAAUGUCCACUAUGGGGUAUUUAUCAUGCUAAACAUUGACGAAUCAAUCACUCCUGCAAUUGCUGUAAGAUGGGGAGCAUAGUGUAUGUUUCUUGAAUUAACCACUUCUUUCUACCUAAGAACCACUGCAGAUGGCCGACAUAUCUCAGGUCUUUUGUGUUUGCCAAAUAAAACUAGCUGCUUUAUGAUUUGUUUAA